GCCUCGCUUGCUCCUGCCGGGCGUGCUGGGCCCCGCCGCCGCCAUGUCCGGCUCGUUCGAGCUCUCGGUGCAGGAUCUCAACGACCUGCUCUCGGACGGCAGCGGCUGCUACAGCCUCCCGAGCCAACCCUGCAACGAGGUCACCCCGCGGAUCUACGUGGGCAACGCGUCUGUGGCUCAGGAUAUCCCCAAGCUGCAGAAACUAGGCAUCACCCAUGUUCUGAACGCGGCUGAGGGCAGGUCCUUCAUGCACGUCAACACCAAUGCCAACUUCUACAAGGACUCCGGCAUCACAUACCUGGGCAUCAAGGCCAACGACACACAGGAGUUCAACCUCAGCGCUUACUUUGAAAGGGCUGCUGACUUCAUCGACCAGGCUUUGGCUCAAAAGAAUGGCCGGGUGCUCGUCCACUGCCGGGAAGGUUACAGCCGCUCUCCAACGCUAGUUAUUGCCUACCUCAUGAUGCGGCAGAAGAUGGAUGUCAAGUCUGCCCUGAGCAUCGUGAGGCAGAACCGUGAGAUUGGCCCCAACGAUGGCUUCCUGGCCCAGCUGUGCCAGCUCAAUGACAGACUAGCCAAGGAGGGGAAGUUGAAACCCUAGGGCAUCCCCGCUGCCUCUGCUUAGAGGUCUACGGGGGAGGCCGUGGGCAACGAUGUCCCGAGCUGCCAUGUUUAGGAAACACACUGUACCCUGCUCCCAACAUCACAAGGCACUUGUCUACAAGUCUGUCUCAACACAGUCC